AUGCUGUUACUAACAUGGCUGUCGUUCAUUACCGUUGCUCAUGCAGUUAGCGUGAUAUACACAGUCCACGGCGAUGCUAUCGACCCCCGACACUACAGUAGCCGUUCGUCCCGCCAUCUAUGGCGGGAGACGGGAAAGGAGACGGGAAAGGAGACGGGAAUGGAGACGGGAAAGGAGCCGGAAAGGAGACGGGAUAGGAGACGGGGGAGGAGACGGGGGAGGAGACGGGGGAGGAGACGGGAGACAGAUACUCCUACCAUGGCAGGAAGAAGUUGUCUUGCGGUCCCUGGUGGCUCCCGCGAGGAACUGCCCAAGCUGGCAGACUCCAAGGUUUUGGGAUCAUAGUCACACGUAAUGCCUCCUCCCUCCCUCAACUGCUGUAUCUAACUCUGGGUCAGCAGACCAACUCCCCCGCUGCGUAGCCUCUGUGCUUAUCGACGUCGCACUUGGACACUGGCGUCCUGUGGCUUCUCGUCGACGGCAACGGCUAACAACGGCUUUCAGAGCUGUUGAUAGAGAGACAGCCGUUCGGAGAGGGGCUCCGAAGGUUCUGAGCAGAACGCCAUCCAUAAAAACAAAAUAAACAUCGAGAUACUCCCGUGCCAGAGCUUGUAGCAUAGUUGUGUCUAAGCCCAGGGAGAUCUGGAGAGGUCAAUUGCACAUGGAGACAAUUGAUACAACUUGCAUAACUUAACUAUCCAGAACCCCCAUCUAGUAAAUAAGAAAAGCUAGUACGUACCAAGUGCCAAGGUAUAGGUAGAGGUACUCACUUACAUAUGCCCCUCCCUUGAUAAGAGGUACCUUCGACAUCAGGCAAUUAUCCCCGAGGCUCUCUGACGCCCCUUGCUCUCAGAGCGGAAAUCCGCGAAACUUCCAAUCUCCAAAGCCUGCCAUCUGAGGGCGCCGACGAGAGCACAGCAUAGAUUGCCCCAACCUCGUGCCAUCACACCGUGUCCCCGCCACCUCAUCAUCGAGAUAUGCUGACUAGAUUCCCCAUGCCGCACCGCAGGCGCUCAACCUACUCGUGACUCGAUGCUGGCGGCGGCGAAUUGCUCAACAGACACCAAGGUGGCAUUGGCAGGAUGGCGGUG